AUGCUUCAGGAGGGUGCACACGGAAAAUGGACAGUAUCUAGCAGUGAUGAAAGUACUGAGGAAAAUUCUGACAGUGAAAAACCAUCUACAUCUUCACUAUUGGAUGCUGCACGUGGCAGAACAAGUGGGCCACAAUAUCCAUGCUCUGAAGCUAGGAAAGCUGCUCACAAGAGAAAAGCUUCUCCCCUGAAGCUCAGUGAUAGAAGUUUUUCUACAGAAAUACCUCCAGCAGGAAAACAGAGAACUAGCCAAGAAGGCUUAGGCUGGUGUCUUUCUAGUAGUGAUGAAGAGCCUGAAGAUCGGGGAAGGCAUGCCCGCAAAGAAACAGUGAAAGAAGAAAAAUGUGGUGCACCCAAAGAAUAUCUUCUGAAUCUUUGCAAAGGUGAUGAACUCUCAGAGAAUCAGAAAGCAGAGGAGUAUAACGAAACACCCAGUGAAGCCCAAGAUACCUGGGAUUUGUUGAAUGGAGAGAACCCUUUUAGUUUUUUUCUCACUAAAGUCAGAGGAAUUGAACAGAGCUAUAAUUCUGGAGCCCUGCACAUAAAAGAUAUUUUGUCUCCUCUUUUUGGGACUCUUGUAUCUUCUGCCCAGUUUAACUACUGUAUAGAUGUGGGAUGGCUUGUAAGACAGUAUCCACAGGAAUUCAGGAAGAAGCCAUUGCUGAUAGUUCAUGGUGAAAAGAGAGAAUCCAAAGCUGAACUGCUUGCACAAGCGCGCCCUUAUGAGAACAUUAGCUUUUGUCAGGCUAAACUGGAUAUUGCAUUUGGAACUCACCAUACGAAAAUGAUGUUGCUGUUAUAUGAGGAAGGUCUUCGAGUUGUCAUACAUACAUCCAAUCUUAUUGCUGAAGAUUGGCACCAGAAAACUCAGGGGAUAUGGCUAAGCCCUUUAUAUCCAAGGCUACCUCAGGGAACAACUGGUUCUGCUGGUGAAUCUGAAACUAAUUUUAAAUCUGACCUAAUAAGUUACUUGUUGGCUUACAAUUCUCCUACGCUCAAGGAAUGGAUAGAUCUGAUUCAAGAACAUGAUUUAUCAGAGACAAGAGUGUAUCUGCUUGGUUCUACCCCUGGACGAUAUCAAGGUAGUGAUAAAGAAAAGUGGGGUCAUCUUAGGCUCAGAAAGCUUUUGAAAGAGCAUGCUUCGUCAAUACCAGCACAGGAGUCCUGGCCUGUUGUUGGACAGUUCUCAAGCAUUGGUUCAAUGGGAGCUGAUGGGUCCAAAUGGCUGUGCUCGGAGUUCCAGGAGAGCCUGGUGGCUGCAGGCAGCAGUGUGACAACUCUCCUUAAAUGUGAUGUUCCAAUUCAUUUGGUUUAUCCAACUGUGAACAACGUGAGGCAAAGUCUGGAAGGCUAUCCUGCUGGUGGCUCACUUCCAUACAGUAUACAGACAGCACAGAAACAGCUGUGGUUGCAUUCCUAUUUUCACAAAUGGUCAGCAGAAGUCUCGGGUCGAAGUCAUGCUAUACCUCACAUUAAGACGUACAUGAGACCCUCUCCUGACUUCCAGAAGAUUGCAUGGUUCUUAGUUACAAGUGCCAAUCUAUCUAAAGCAGCCUGGGGAGCCCUGGAAAAAAAUGGCACCCAACUGAUGAUCCGUUCUUAUGAACUUGGAGUCCUUUUCUUGCCUUCAGCAUUUGGAUUUGACAAAGGUUACUUUCAUGUGAGAGGGAAGGUGCUUUCAGAAAGUAAUGAUUCAGCGAUAUAUUUUCCUGUACCUUAUGACCUGCCACCAGAACAGUAUGGAAGCAAAGAUCAACCGUGGAUUUGGAAUAUUCCUUACACUAACGCACCUGAUACACAUGGAAAUAUGUGGGUUCCAUCAUGAAUGUUUCCAGUAUUCUGUGACGUUUCACUUACUGACACUGAGCCUGCCGCUCUACUUGCAAGACUGCUUAUUUCUGUUUUUUAAGCUAU